UGGCGCUCUGAGGCUCCUUUGUUCUGCGGACGGCUUAUUGCAUGUGGAUCAAGGUUCAAUUUCAGCUCGCAAGAGUUCGUCAAGGCAGUGGCAACACUGCUCGAGUCGUUACUUGAUCAGAUGACGGUGCACACAGAGACUAAUGCAACGAAGCCCAGCGUGCAGGGAGUGGGUGCUGAGGCGAAAGGCGAUGGAUUGGCUGAGCCAGCAUGGGGCGAGGAGAUGUACGGCACGCUACAUUCGAGCGUGCAUUUAUCACUGCAAUGUCUGCGACGCCCGACACACUAUCUUCGAGCGGACUGCAGGUUGGUUCGUGAAGUUCAUGCAGCUGCUGCAGUGUCUCCCACAAACGAUCAAACACCACGGAAUUGGGCAGCAGUCUGGCCUUCGAGUUAGAGUCGGCGGCACAUCAGAUGUGCUCUUGUUCGUAAUUCUAGUAUUCAAACGGUAUCGCUCCAGAUAGAUUGACGAGUAUAUCAUACCUGACACUGGCCCUAAGAGAAGA